AUGCCUCCUGUCGGUGCAGCGCUCUGGCGCAGUUUAAGAGCCCACCAAGUCUAUGGGGCUAACACGGACGUGGGGAAGACAAUUGUCUCCACGGUGUUGUGUAAUGCCGUUCAACGUCAGAAACAGCGGGCCGCAUUCCUCAAGCCCGUGUCAACAGGGGCAUUGGAUGAUGCCGACGAUAGGCACUUGCAACGUUACGGCGCCGGAACGCUCACCAAAUGUCUCUACCAAUUCGAUGACCCAGUGAGCCCGCAUUUGGCAGCUAAAGAUAAAUUUAUUCCGCGAGAUGAUGAUCUCCUCGCAUCCAUACAUAACACCCUGUCCGGCUGGGCACGGUCGGACAUUGACUUCGCCCUUGUUGAGACUGCCGGGGGUGUACAUUCCCCGGGCCCCAAUGGCAAUUCACAGGCAGACUUAUAUCGACCACUUCGGCUGCCAAUUGUGCUGGUGGCAGAUUCUCGUCUAGGGGGAUCUCUUCUUCGAUCUCUGCUUACGAGUCGUUGCUCCUCCGUGGCUAUGACAUCUCGUCGGUUCUCUUGUUCCGAGAUGAGUACUACCAAAAUCACGAAUACCUGCAAAAAAAGCAUUCCAUUGGUGUCGCUACCGGCACCUCCCGUCCGACCAUCGCAGCUGGAUGCCGACUCCCAGUUAAGGGACGAGGAGGCCAUGCUCAGCUAUUACCAAAACUCCGCAAAGGAGUCGGAGGUCCUCCGACUUCUUGAAGAGAUGUCUGUCAACAAUACCGAGCGCGUCCAGCGCUUGGAAGAGAUGGCCGACCGGGCGCAAGAGCUGAUAUGGUACCCCUUCACCCAACACCAAGGCAUGAAGGCGAAGGACAUUACCGUUAUUGACUCAGCGCAUGAUGAUUACUUCCAAACAUUCGGCCCCAACACAUCGAAAGAUACCCAAAGUGAACUGCGCCCGACAUUCGACGGAUCUGCGUCUUGGUGGACGCAAGGCUUGGGCCACGGUAACCCCGAGCUGUCGCUAUCUGCUGCCUAUGCCGCCGGUCGGUACGGACACGUCAUGUUCGCAGGAGCUGUCCAUGAGCCAGCACUGUCGCUUGCGGACACUUUACUGAAAACUAUCGAAAACCCGAGGCUCACUAAGGUCUUCUACACAGACAAUGGAAGCACGGGGAUGGAAGUUGCUGUGAAGAUGGGUCUACGCGCUUCUUGCGACCGGUACGGCUGGGAUGCGAGCCAGGAGCAGAUUGGCAUUCUUGGACUGAAGGGUAGCUACCACGGUGACACUAUCGGUGUGAUGGAUUGUUCGGAGCCUUCAACCUUCAAUAAGAAGGUGGAGUGGUAUCGAGGUCGUGGGCACUGGUUUGACUUCCCUCUUGUCAAGAUGGUUGGCGGAUCUUGGAAAGUUGAGAUACCCAGUGAGCUGCAGGCAGAACUCGGCGAGGAUGUUGAUUUCGCUUCAUUGGGGUCAGUCUUUGACCUCGGCCAGCGUCUUGAGUCUGCCACUGCCCAGCGCUAUAAGGACUACAUCCAUCGCACUAUUGAGGAUCUGGUCCACCGUCAAGGAGUGAAAUUCGGUGCAUUGAUCCUGGAACCUGUAAUCCUCGGUGCGGGUGGAAUGCUUUUCUGUGAUCCCCUCUUCCAGAGAUGCCUGACCGAUGUAGUCCGCGACCACCCAGAGCUGUUCUCCACUAACGCUUCCGCUCCCAAACAAUCUCUGUCAUGGUCGGGCCUGCCAGUCAUCUUCGACGAGGUUUUCACCGGGCUGUACCGUCUCGGUCGCCCCACAUCCGCAUCUUUCUUAGGUGUGCAUCCCGACGUCGCCGUAAACGCUAAACUCCUCACGGGCGGGCUGGUACCGCUCUGCACGACUGUCGCUAGCGAGGAAAUCUUUGAUGCUUUCUCGAGUCCCGAGAAGAGCGAUGCCCUGCUUCAUGGUCACAGUUACACCGCCCAUGCCGUUGGAUGUACGGUCGCUGUUGACUCCUUGAAGACAAUGGCUAAACUUGAUACUGAUGGAUCGUGGGAUUCAUUCCGCGCUGGAUGGCGUAACAGCUCGCCUACUACUACUGAAGCUUCAACUCCGGAUGUGUGGAGUGUUUGGUCGCAUAGUCUCCUUCAGGACCUAUCUUCCACGGAGUCGGUGGGGAGCGUAUUUGCUAUUGGAACUGUGCUUAGUAUUUCGUUGCGUGAUGCAGCUGGUGGGGGGUACACCUCCAAUGCUGCAAAGGGACUACAGCAGAAGCUUGCUGUUGGCGGUGAUCAGUUCAACGUUCACUCGCGCGUCCUUGGCAAUGUUCUUUACCUAAUGUCCAGUGUGACUUCCAAACCUGAGUCCCUCCAAGAGAUGGAGCGUCUCCUCCGAUUGGCAUUAGUGUAA